AAGUCGGUUCACAAAACUGCUGGGUUCCGUGGCCCUCAGGUUUCUCUCCAUGUUGGCUUGAGAACAGGAACCUUCCCUUCUUGCCAACUUUGGUAAGAAGUGAGAUCGCCCCUCCAGUGGCUUCUGGGGGUUCCGCGCCCCCACCUUCUCCCAGGCGAUUCUGGCCCCCGCAGUCCUCACCAGCCUCCCUCGCUGGGCAGGGGAGGCGGGUGGGGAUCCCGCUAGCUCCGUUCCCCUCUGGACCACAUGGGUUUAAAGAACUAGGUGGUCGUCCAGGCAUUCUUGUCUGACCUUUAACCUUUGGGGGUGGGGGAGGCGCCGUUCCUGGGCACGCGCGGCGACCGUUGGUGGGGGUGGCGGUGUGGCUGCGUUGCCGGGUGAGGACGUGGCCGCGGACCUUCUGCCGUAGGGCCGGAGGCUGGCCGCUGGCGGGGGCCGAGGGUGCUGCAGAGAUGGCUGUACUGGGCGGCAGGGGCGGGCGGGCCCGGGAGCAGGGGGAGGCGGGGCCGAGCGUCCUGGGGCUCCAGAUUGCAGGUUCCUCCCGGAGAACCGCGGGCCACACCCGCCGCACAGGGAGGAAGUCCACCCCUACCCCUACCCCCACCCCCACUCCCACCUGGAGUGUGGGUUACUGUGGCCUCUGUCCUGUGGCGUGGAUCAAGCUCCAGGAGAUGCGCCUUUCGGGGGUGGUUUGCAGCUUGAUAUGUUAAUGUUAUAUUCCUGAUGCUCUGUGCAUUCCUAAUGUAUUACAUAAUAAAGACAUGGUCGCUUUUAGGGGAAAUGUCUGAAAAACUGAGAAGAUGCAGAAAGGAGCUGACUGCAGCCAUUGACCGGGCCUUUGAAGGUGUCAGUCAUUCCAAGGAGUGCUCAGGCCAGCAGAGGCUGGAGCAGGACACCACGCCGCUCUCCUUCCCCCUCCCUGUGCACCGGCUUCUUUGCAGGAGGCACCCGCUGGCAGCCUGCUCCUCCUCCUCCCUUGCUCCUUUCGCUCCAGUCCCUUGUGCUCCUGAGACUGAGAGCCCUGCUUUUGCUCCAAACCAUGCCCCAAUGAACGCAAAGCCACAUGCUUUAUACGCGAAAAGGAAACCUCUGGCCAGUAAAGAAAACGUAUUGACGCAUUCCUCCAUUUUGGCACCGGAAAGACAGUUUUGGAGAGCCACAGGAGAUGGGGAGAACUGGAGAAAAGACAGCCUAAGGAAAGAUAUGGAGAAAGAUUUGAAGGUUGACUCAAACAUGCCACUCAGCAGUUCUAGCCAAGAGGUCACAAAGGAUCUGCUUGAUAUGAUCGACCAUGCAAGCAUCCGAGCUAUUGAAGAACUGGCUGGGAAGCUAGAAUUUGAAAACACGUUGAGCCGCGUGUGUGGCCACUGUGGAGGCUCGCCCUUCAGGGAGGAAACCUGGGCUCUGCUCUCGGACGAGAGCCCUCAGAAGGCCUCAGAUGCAGAGCCUGGCAGCCUCAAGCAGGCUUUCGAUGAUCACAGUAUCGUUGAGACUGUGCUGGACUUGGAAGAAGACUACAAUUUGAUGGCCUCUUUUAAAUACCAAAUUGAGUAAGGACAGCUUUGGUUCUUUCCAGCAGGAGGCUGCCUCUCAGGCAGUGAUUGGUGUCACUGUGGGCCACUGCCGAAUGGCUGGCAGAACUGGGUUACCACACCGUCUUUAACUUCUAGUUGUGUCCCUUUUUGAGCUGAAAGCCCAUUUUUUUUUUAAUUGUUGCUUUGAAAUGUUUCUUAUUGUUAACUUUUUUUUUCACUUUCCUUGAAAUCUCAAAUGUGUUUUUGAUUGACAUUUAAUACACCCAGUACCCAAGGCAGGUAUGGGUCGUGGGCC